CAGGAGGCGGUUGCUUAGCAACGGCGCGGCGCGGUGGCCGUUGGUGCUGUGAGGAGGCGCUGCCAUCCCCGUCCCGUCCCGGCGGGCACCGAGGUCUCUGAGGACAGGGACGUGGAUGUGCGAGCGGGCUGUGUGGUGGCGAUAGGGCUGAGAGUCAUGGAAACAGAAGGAAGAAACUUGGGAAAAGAAGCAGCACUGAGGAGCAGCUGAUUUAAUGAGAGGCAAAUACACAGCUUCAGUAACUUGAAAGAACUACGAAGAUCUGUGGGCAGGCAAUCCAAAAUAAUGGUGAGUCAGGAAAUGCCAAGUGCAUCGAGAUGUCUUGAAGAACUGCAUUCAUCAGAUGAAUUCAGCACAUCCUCUAAGGAAGUACUUAAGCCCAGUAACAUGAAAAUGUCAGAAGUUUCUGCAGCCGUGUCUAAAGCUGACAUCAAGCCAAAAUCUAUAUGUCAUGCCAAAAAAUGGUCAGAUGAGAUAGAGAACUUAUACAGAUUCCAGCAAGCUGGGUACAGAGAUGAAGUUGAAUAUAAACAAGUAAAACAAGUUGAUACGGUAGAGUGUUGGCCAGAAACUGGAUUUGUGAAGAAGCUUCAGAGAAAGGACAACACCUUCUAUUAUUACAAUAAGCAAAGAGAAUGUGAAGACAAAGAUGUUCAUAAAGUGAAAGUUUAUAUUCCAAAACAAGAAAUCUUCCAGUGGAGAUGGAAAGAGACAUUUCCAGGUAGACGUUUCCAGAUGAACGCCGUCCCCACAUCCCAGCUGGUGACCACAGCACAUGUGCAGAAAGGAGCUCCUCACAUCAGCCCCCAGCACCGGGUGCCAGUGUGUGUCAUCUUAGCAAUGCUGAGUUCACUUUGGAUCUCAGUGCACUGGAUCUUUCCAUCCACCAUGAAACAAUGCACGAAUCCUCAGCUAAAGGAAGAUGUCCAAUUACAGUUGGAAGAGGAAGACAAGGAAGAGACUCAAGUCAAGUUGCUAGAAGCGAGGAGAAGCAAGAGAGAACCCUUUGCUGGGUUAUUGCAUUAAAGAUGGAUUAUGCUAGAAAUGCCCAUGCAGAAUUUGGAAUUUGUUUUCUUUUUCAGUUUGAAGGUGUCUGCGAUUCCACUCAGCGCCAAUUUAGAGACCCCUCAGUCCUUACAUGCAUCCAUGAGUACAGCUAGCCCUGGUAACUGCUCUACAAAAAGGAUCUAGCUCCUACUUUUCCCCACAGAUAACCUUCAGAAACCUGCAGCCUGGCCUUGAGCAUCUCCAGAGAUGGAGUGUCCACAGCUUCUCCACAUCUGGAACACCUUGGAAGGACCUGCAGAGACCACAGCUCAGUGACGAGCUCAGGACAGAACUAUGCAGACAUGGCACAGAUCUCCAGCAGAUGAGGUUGUGCAGGCAGCAGCAUCACUGAUGAGGAUAUAUUAUUAGCCUUGGGAUUUAAUAAAAUUUUCAUCUGUGUGCUGAAUGAAGUCUUCACCCAGAAAGGAGAAAAAGCCACACGAUGGCCUUCAGAAUAAAUAAAAUAUUAAA